GCUAAAGGUAAAUCUAGAUACGGAAUUUCUAUUUCGCAGGAGUAUUACUUCACCAUUAUAGUUUAUGAAUAUAUUUCAACCAUUUUGAUGUUAUACAUCCUACCCUUGAUUCGCGAAUAUCCCCAUACUUCUAAAUAUCCCAUUUGUAGAUAUUUUCGCCAGUCCUCCAAUAUUUCUUCCCAUGGCCUCUAUGAACAUCUGAUGUCUUAUUGUUUGCCUUGUCAUAAUGUUCUUGAUUGGGCGAUAUUCUUCUUAUUGAUAUUUCUGGAUUUUCUUAAAAAAUCACCAUAG